AUGACAACCCAUUUCUUAAUAUGUAUUCCAAGGCAUGGGAAUAGUGCCCACGGAGCUCAUAAACCAGCAUGGAUGGAAGCCCUUUACACUCAUAACUUCUUUGCGCCAUGCGAUGUUCAUGAAUCGGCCAAGAAGAACGAAAAGAACGUUUGUUGUUUGGAUUGUUGUGCUAGCAUUUGCCCUCAUUGUGUUUCGGCCCAUCGCCUUCAUCGUCUACUUCAAGUUCGAAGAUAUGUAUACCAUGAUGUGGUUAGGCUUGAAGAUCUUGAGAAGCUCAUCGAUUGUUCCAACGUGCAGGCAUACACCAUUAAUAGUUCAAAAGUGAUAUUUAUCAAGAAGAGACCACAAAACAGGCAAUUCAAAGGCUGUGGAAACUAUUGCACUUCAUGCGAUAGAAGCCUUCAAGAACCUUAUAUCCAUUGCUCUCUUGGCUGCAAGGUGGAGUAUUUGGUAAAAUGCUAUAAGGAUCUUAGCCCCUACUUAAGGCAAUGCAAUACUCUAGAACUUGGUCCUGAUUUCUUUGUGCCACAAGAAACGGGAGAUGAGGAUAUCAAUGCUGCCCGAUCGGGGUUGGACUAUGAGGAGGCAUCCGAUAGGUUGUCAGAAAACACGAGCAAUAUUCAGCAUCAGCAGCAGGUGGUCAUGUACACGGCCAACUUCAUCACUAGGAAGAAGAGGAGCAAUAGUAAUAAUAAUGCAAUAUUGUAUUUAUGUGGUCGACCAUCAGCCUGGAAAGCGAGUACUCCAUCAGAUGAUCAUCAGGUGGAUAUUAAUACUACCAACAAUUUCAUUAGUAGAAGAAGGAAGAGGAAUCCCCAUCGGUCUCCCUUGUGUUAA